AUGGUGGACGGUUUCAUGCAGCUUAGUCAAGAAGAACAGAUAUCCUUACUGAAAAGCGGUGUUUUUGAAUUGGCAACAAUAGUUGUUUCGCAGUAUUAUAACAUCGAGACAACUUCAUUGAUAAUAGAUCGAGAAAUAUUGCCUGCCACAUUAUUUCAUUCAAGUGAUCAGUCUGAGAUGCAAUUCAUUAUCGCUAUGCAUGGUUGUAUCCACGAAUUCGCUCAGCUGAACCUUACUACAGUAGAAAUUGCUCUAUUAUCGGCGUGGAUUCUAUUAGAUCGGUCAUCUUUAGGUCAAUAUAUUGUUGAACAACUAAGGAAUUGUUUGCAGCAGCAAAUUGUAUCCAGGCUAGCAGAUUCCAGUUCAACGAUGCAAAGACUUUGUGAUCUCAUUGCUCGACUUAGAACAUUAGCUCAAGAACAUAUUCGAUUACUUAAUCAAUUAAAUCUUAUCUACCCGCAAAUUGCUGAUCGAGGUACUUUGCCAGAAUUAUAUAAAGAGCUGUUUACACCAACAUCAUCAAUAUCAUAA